UUAAGUAUAAAAAUUGAAUCGUAAGCCCAGUGGUGCCUGCUGAGCAUUCAGUCUAGAACAGCAAAGCCUUAACCAAAUAGAGCUCUUAUGAAGUGAGCUGAGCAAUUAUUGAAACUUGGCUUUCUCUGAAAGAGGGAUUUCGGCCUUUGCCCAGUGGCACAAAAGAAGCCGGCAACUGCUCUUCUCUGGCUCUGGAAUUGGGGGUGCUGUCCGACUGGUCUGGCAGACGAAGUAGCUUCUAAGCAGCCAAGUGCUCGGCCCUUGGAGCAUUUCCUCUUGCAGCUCUAGUGUUGGGGUCCCUAAACAGCCUUCGGAGGCACCAAGCUGUAGUUGCCGGCGCUGCCUGGCAGCCAGGAAUGGAGUAUAUAAAGCAAUGCAAGGGUGAAUCACAGAGUUAGGGAUCUGGAGAAAGGAGGUUGGCUAAACACAAACUAAGGAGUACCUUUAGAAAAAAUUGUCUCCCAAAUAAAAAUUGCAGAUCUCAUCCCGUUCACCUCAAGUGUCCCUCCACACGAAAUUAAAUUUAUAUAUUUCCCAGUGCAGAGUGAAAAGCAAAAGCAGGCAAGGUGAGGCCUGCUCAAGAACUCUUCAGGGAGGCAUCCAGUCCCAACCACCAGCUCCCCAGUUUAGAGCCCAGCGACCUCCUAGCCUUUCUGUGGUCUGGAGCACGGCAAGGCUGGCUGAAGUAGGAGCGCUUUCCCUAGGAAACCCCCAAGUGUCCAGUUCCAGUGCUACCCUUAGCCUUGGGGACUCCUGGCCAGUGACUGCACCAUACUCAGGCCCAAAGCACAGGCAGUAAAUUCCCCUCCUAUAAUUAGUGCUCAUGAAAAGCAUGUGUUUUGGAUUGGUGAGGGGAAGACUAGGGUAGUGAGCGGCAAACUUUCCCCCUUUAUUCCUUUUCUGUGUUUUUAAAUCAGUUUUUGAAUCCACUACUUACAGUUGCAAAAGCAAAAAUCUACUCUUGACACCAAGCCCCCUCUGUAUGCCUAACGUAGAAGGCCGAGGGGCUAGAGCAGCACGGAAACCUGCUGGCCUGUUGGGGGUGUUCUCUCAUUUCUCUAGGCUUGUUUUAUAGAAACAAAGAGUUCACUCCCUCCUUCCCAAGACUUGUGCAUAUUUACAGAGCUCAAAUGCAGUUUUAAUAAAACAUCUGUUCUUGCUUCUGCUGAUGAGUUUCCAUAAUUGUUUUCAGACAAAUUUCACAGGAAAAUAUAAAUAUAUCUAGAAAAAUCCAAGUCCCAGCUGCCCCCCCAUAGCAAUUCUUUGCCAAAAAAAAUAAAAUGAGCAUGAAAUGAAAAAGAAAACUACAAUCCAAUGGAGGAAAGAUCGGGCUCAUCUAACCUGCUCUCCCCCCUUGGAGCGAAUCCUCCAGCAAAUUUCAGCCGCAUAAUUAAAGAUCUGACUGAAAGGAGGCUUCUUUCCCCAGGAACAGAAGGUGAUGGAGGAGAAUGUGUUGGAAAUUAAUUUUUUCAAAGGACGUCCUCCCCAACGUCGCCCUCAAUUCCACCGCCUAUGAUCCAGUGAGGCAUUUCUCGACCUAUGGAGCAGCCGUUGCCCAGAACCGGAUCUACUCGACUCCCUUUUAUUCGCCACAGGAGAAUGUCGUGUUCAGUUCCAGCCGGGGGCCGUAUGACUAUGGAUCUAAUUCCUUUUACCAGGAGAAAGACAUGCUCUCAAACUGCAGACAAAACACCUUAGGACAUAACACACAGACCUCAAUCGCUCAGGAUUUUAGUUCUGAGCAGGGCAGGACUGCGCCCCAGGACCAGAAAGCCAGUAUCCAGAUUUACCCCUGGAUGCAGCGAAUGAAUUCGCACAGUGGGGUCGGCUACGGAGCAGACCGGAGGCGCGGCCGCCAGAUCUACUCUCGGUACCAGACCCUGGAACUGGAGAAGGAAUUUCACUUCAAUCGCUACCUAACGCGGCGCCGGCGCAUCGAGAUCGCCAACGCACUCUGCCUGACCGAGCGACAGAUCAAAAUCUGGUUCCAGAACCGCCGGAUGAAGUGGAAAAAAGAAUCUAAUCUCACGUCCACACUCUCGGGGGGCGGCGGAGGGGCCGCCGCAGACAGCCUUGGCGGAAAAGAGGAAAAGCGGGAAGAGACAGAAGAGGAGAAGCAGAAAGAGUGACCAGGAUUGUCCUUGCCACCCCUUUCUCCUCCCUCGCUCAUCCCAACUCACCCCUGAUCACACACUCUGUAUUUAUCACUGGCACAAUUGAUGUGUUUUGACUGCCUAAAACAAAAUUAGGAAGUCAAAAGUGGACCUGAAAGUCAGCUCUGGACCCACCUCCUUCUCCGCACAACUCCUCAUCAUGCGCCUCCUCCUCCUAGCUUGUUCUCAGCUUGUGUGCAGGCCCCUUCCCCCGCCCAGGCCUGGGGGGCACGUUCUCUGAACCUCCCUUCAGACUCCACAGACUUCCCUCGAAAUGAGAUCGUGCCCCCCUCCCUCGACGCCCCUCCACCCCCCAGAGAGCCGGUUCCCGGGCCUGGGGCCUCCACUCUAGGGCCUCAGGGCCAGGCCUGGCAGUCUGGGAGGGCGGGAGGCUCUAGGAGGGCGCGCCUUGGCCUCACAGAACCCCCAGGUCCUCCCUGCAGCCCCUGCCCGGCCCCUCUGCCCCAGCAAAUGCCCAGACCAGGCAAAUUGUAUUUAAAGAUUCCUGGGGGUCAUUAUGGCAUAUUACAAACUGUGACCGUUUCUGUGUGAAUAUUUUUAGCUGUAUUUGUGGUCUCUGUAUUUAUAUUUAUGUUUAGCACCGUCAGUGUUCCAAUCUCAUUUUAAAAAGGAAAAAAAAAAGAGGGAAAAUUACAAAAAGAAAAAAAGUGAAUGACGUUUGUUUAGCCAAGUAGGAGUAAAUAAAUAAAUAAAUAAAUCCCCUCGUGUUACCCUCCUGUAUAAAUCCGACCUCUGGAUCCGUUCUCGAAUAUUUAAUAAAACUGAUAUUAUUUUUAAAAGUUUAUAUUCGCAUUUCAGUCAAUUCGCUCGCCCGCCGGCUUGGAGCAGGCUCCAAGCGCUCCCGCGUCUGCCCGCCGCCUGCAAACCCCCAGUCCUCUGCACUCGCC